GAGACACAAAUAUAUAUAUAUAUAUCCGGUUUGUGACAGUAUAAAUAAAUUGAGUCAAUAGAUAUUCUUGAUAAAAUUAGUUGGCCGUGAUAGCUGAAGUACUGCAUACUUUCACUGAUAUUCAACAUGCCUACUCUAGGAUACUGGAAAAUUAGGGGUCUUGCACAGCCCAUCCGACUUCUGUUGAACUAUGCUGGUGAAGAGUUUACCGAUAAGCAAUAUGAACAAGGAGAUGGCCCAGAAUUCAGUGUUGAGGAAUGGACAAGUGUCAAAUUUACACUUGGUUUAGAUUUCCCUAAUCUGCCAUAUUUUAUUGAUGGGGAUAUUUCUAUGACUCAGAGUAAUACUAUAUUAAGAUAUAUAGCAGGAAAACAUAAUUUAUUGGGUAAUACAACAAAGGAGAAAGUGGCUUGUGAUAUGAUGUUAGAAAAUGCCAUGGACUUCAGAAAUGGUCUAGUUCGUGUUGUUUACAACCCAAAUUAUGAAAGUUUAAAAGGCGACUACUUUGAAAAGUUACCAACUACUCUGACUAAAUUUGAAAAGUAUCUUGGUGAUAAACAAUGGUUUGCUGGUGGAGAUAAAGUAACUGUUUGUGAUUUUCCAAUGUAUGAAUUGUUGGACCAGCAUCUGUUAAUGACUCCUGGAUGUUUGGACAAAUUUCCCAAAUUACAAGCAUUUUUAAAACGCUUUGAGGCUUUACCGCAAAUCAAGGCAUACAUGGCAUCACCAAAGUUUCUCAAACGACCAGUCAACAACAAAAGCGGUGGUUUCAGAUAAACAACUACAAUCAUUUUUUCCAGUCAUUUUAUCUGGUAAUUUAGGGCCUUUUUUUUAAACUUAAUCAUGAAUAGCUUAUUUCACAUUUUUAUGCUUCGUCUUUAUAAACCUUCAUGUACAGAGCUGGAUUAAGAUUGUGUAGGCCCCUCCGAUACAGGUACUCUGAGGCUCCCAGAAAGACAAGUUAUGUGUUAUGAACCUAGAAAAUGUUUACUCACCGAUCGACCAAGGUAUACAUUGCCGUUUUUCUUUUAUGGUGAUGAGGCCUAAAUAAUCUACAGUGCCAGAAUAUUUCCACCAAGUACAAAUUUUUGGCUGUACACUCGGAUUAAAUUUAAAAACAAAUGCAAACUAGAUUCGCAUCUUGUACUGAUGCGUUACGUCACACGUACCUACAAUAGACAGUUUAGAGUAUUCAUACUUUGACUUCAGAUUCACGAUGAAAUAACUUUUAGAUAAAUCUAUAGGGAGAGGGGUUUUACAUAGGCUAAGCCUGUUCACCAAUCCCAUUCAGUCAACCUGAAUAAAUAUAUUGUUUAUAAAAAAUAUAAAUAAAUGAAUGGGGGGGCCUCCAGUAUCUGUUACAGACCUGGAAGCCCAUGCCUUAAUCUGGCCCUUGUAGUGAUCUAACAGAACGGUACAUUUAAAAUUUGUUAUUGCCCACAAGGAUUGUUUUUCUUAAGAUUUAUGGGCCUUUAUUUUUGAAAAGGAGUUGGAUAAUCCGGUGAUUUUUUUUGAAUUUGUUAAAUUUAUAAAGCUCUUGUAAUAUUUCGAUUCCACGACAGGAAAAUUUGUUUAUAUUGUUGUUGUGAAAAGUUAAUGUAUGCUUACUCUUUGUGGAACACCUGAUUACAUUUGUCCCUGUGUGAUUUGGAUGAUGUCUUGUGGUGGGAACAUGUGGCUGCUAUGUUAGAAUUAAAAGUGCUUUAAAUACAUAUUGUUGUUCAAUGGAUUGCAACUAUCAUGGACAAUGUUGCCAAGAUGUUCGGAUGGUACGAAAAAAAAAAGAUCCACCCAUUUAGAUACAGAAGUGCAUGUAAAAGAACCCAUGAUUAUUGAAGAUAAGAACAGUAGGUGCAUACACCACUGUCUGAGCAAAAUUAUUCGUCAUAAUAACCACAUUUUAGUCUCAGAAUGACCAAAUUAUUGUGUUGACACAUCCCUUUAUACUGUCCUAUCUAUUCUUUGUUCAGAAAUUCUGGUGUUUUAUUAAAUAUGGUAAUAUUACUAAGUUUAUAACUGUAAUGCUUUAUAUAGAAAGUAUAUAAAUGUGAUCAAUAUUUA